AUGACGACACUCCAGCCCCGCCCUCCAUACUCAGACGCCGAGCUGCUCGAGCUCUACCCGCCUCGCCUUCACCUCCAGCAAGUCCAGAUCCUCCUCCGCCACGGCGAGCGAACGCCCAUCAACGCCCGCUUCACCAACACCGGCCUCCCCGCCCACUGGCCCUACUGCAAUGCCGUCCGCCACCUGCGCUCUGCCGUGCUGGGCCCCUCCGGCCCGGGCGCCGACCCGGACGUCAACCACACCUUCACCGACGUCCAGUGGCGGCGUCGCCUCGAGACCUUUGGCGCCGACGACGCCGCAGUCCCGGCCACGGGCCCCAACAGCGACAACAAUCCCACGCUCGACGGCAUCUGCGACUUCGGCAUGCUGACCGACCGCGGCCGCGAGACCACCUACGCCCUCGGCACGCGCCUCCGCAAGCUCUACGUCGACCACCUCGGCUUCCUGCCCGCCAGCAUCAACAACGCCGACUUCCUCUACCUGCGCGCGACGCCCAUCCCGCGCGCCCUCGAGUCCAUGCAGCAGGCCUUUCUCGGCCUCUACCCGCCUCACACCCGCGCCGCAGACUUCCCCCCGCUGACAAUCGUCUCCCGCACGCCCGCCGACGAGACGCUCUUCCCAAACGACAGCAACUGCCGCCGCUUCGCCGCCCUCUCGCGCGCCUUUGCCAACCGCGCCGCCGAGCGCUGGAACGACUCUCCCGAGAUGGCCUACCUGACCAAGAAGCUCGGCAAAUACAUGCCCGAGGACAGUCCCCGCGUGGCCGUCGACGGCAAGCCCCGCCUCAGCGGCCUCAUGGACACGGUCAACUCCACGCUCGCCCACGGCCCGGCCACGCGCCUGCCCAAGGACUUUUACGACCCCAAGGCCCGAUCCAUCAUGGACAAGAUUGCCGUCGAGGAGUGGUAUGCCGGCUACAAGGAGAGCGAGGAGUACCGCACGCUGGCAAUUGGCGCGCUGCUGGGCGAUGUCGUCUCCCGCAUGGUCAGCAGCGCCGAGCGCAGCGUCCCGCUUCCCGACGAGGCCAGCAGCAGUCGCCGCAUGAGCGAUAACGAGGACGACGACGACGGCUUUCGAUUCGGCCUCAGCGGCUGUCACGACACCACCCUCGCCGGCGUCCUCGCCAGUCUCGGCGCCUACAACGACAAAGCCUGGCCCCCUUUCACAAGUCACAUCGCCAUCGAGCUCUUCCGCGACGCUGAAAACGCCCCGCCAUCUUCAUCUUUAUCAUCAUCUUCAUCAUGGUGGCCCUCAUUCCUCCGCACGGCUUCUACCCCUUCCAUCGGCCGCACCCCCACCCCAAGCCUCACAGACAAGCAAAAGGUUUCCAUGCAGGGCUACUUUGUCCGCCUCCGCUACAACGACGAGCCCGUCACCGUCCCCGGCUGCAAGCUGCCCGGAAAUCACCUCGCCGGCGACGAAUCCUUCUGCACGCUCGCCGCCUUCAAGGCCAUCGUCGACAAGUUCACCCCGCGCGACUGGAAGCAGCAGUGCCGCAUGAACACAAAGGCUCCCGCUUUUCCUCAGAAGCCGGAACCUGCUGGGUUCUAA